GAAGAAGUCCUGCUUUUGAGACGCUUCGAAAUAAUCUCCUCCUCCUCCUCUUCUUCCUCCUCCCGCCCCACCCCUCGCCAUGUUCGAUACGGUCUGUACUCUACCCCUGUCGGCAGACCUGUUCUCCCAGGCUGUGCACCCCAAUGAGCCCGUCGUCUCCGUGGGUCUCUCUUCCGGCCAUGUGCAAACCUUCCGGCUGCCAUCGGACGAAGGCGACAGCGACAGCGACGGAGCGUCGACGUCCUCGUCGCGCAAUGGCCGCGGACACAUUGAUACGAUGUGGAGGACGAGACGGCACAAGGGCAGCUGUCGGUGCCUGACGUUCGGAGUGGAUGGACAAACGCUGUACUCUGCCGGCACGGACGGGUUGGUGAAAGCCGCGAACGCGGAGACCGGCAUGGUGGAAAAUAAGAUUGCGAUUCCUACCACGAAAGAUGGAUCUGUCGAUGCCCCCACGAUUGUCCACGCUCUCUCCCCUCAGACCCUUCUGCUAGCCACGGACUCGAGCGCCCUGCAUCUCUACGACCUGCGCAUUCCGUACUCAAAAGUCUCCGCCCGGCCGGAGCAGAGCCACCACCCCCACGAUGAUUACAUCUCCUCUCUCACGCCGCUCCCGGCAUCCGACACCAGCACUUCAGGAUACAGCAAACAAUGGGUGUCGACGGGCGGCACCACGCUGGCGGUGACGGAUCUCCGACGUGGCGUUAUGGUGCGCAGCGAAGACCAGGAGGAGGAAUUGACCAGCUCGGUGUACAUGGGCGGUCUGCCUUCGUCGGGGACCAGCCGUGGCGAGAAAGUGAUUGUGGGCGGCUCGAGUGGAGUGCUGACGCUCUGGGAAAAGGGCGCGUGGGACGAUCAGGACGAACGGAUCUACGUGCAGCGCGCCGCCGACGGAGGAGAGGCCUUGGAGACUCUCACUGUCAUCCCCGAGGAACUGGGCAAGGGCAAGAUGGUCGCCGUUGGUAUGGGCAGUGGAAAGGUGAAAUUUGUCAAGAUCGGUGCCAACCGGGUGGUGUCGGAAGUGAUGCACGACGAAACGGAGGGAGUGGUCGGUCUGGACUUCGAUGUCGAAGGUCGCAUGGUCAGCGGUGGAGGACAAAUCGUCAAGGUGUGGCAUGAGGCUGCCGGAUCGGUGAACGGAGCCCUGCACGGCAAACACAUGAUGGCCGAUAGUGAUGACAGCGACGACGGCGACGAUUCCGAUGAUAGCGAUAACGAGAGCAAGACUGACCAGUCGCGCCGGAAGCAGCGCAAGAAGAACAAGGGCAAAGAUCGCGGUGGCGCUCAGAACAUCAUGGCUUUCCAUGACCUUGACUAAAUCGAUCGGUUUGGCAAGUCGAAUAUCAUGUCCCAGGACAGAGAGGAGAUCAUGAAAAGAGCGUUAGAAAGCAUAUUGUGGGUAUACCCAUGAGGACGCAGUCCUGCUGUACAGCAUUUCCAAAAGUCAAUUGUUAUGCAUCAUGUCCGCCUACAUAUUUAAUGAUAAC